UCAGUUUAUUAAUUAACCUUAACGAUCAUUUCUCACAAAUUACUCCGUUGGAAGCUUUUUUCUAUCAAUUGCUUAACUACGAUUACGAUAAUUAUUAAUCACGUGUGAAGUCUUAAAGUACUUUUACUGUUCACUCAGGAUAAAAGUGUCUAACGAAAAAAAUAACAAUUAAUUAAAAAAGUGAACUAAGAAUGCCGGCUACCAUUCACAACAACGUCGUUUCUGGUCCUGAAGAAGUGCUUAUUCCAGGUCAUCUAUCCUAUGGACAAUUUAUAUACGAAAAAUUUAAACAGGCUGAGAAUAAAAUUGCUCUGAUAAGUGCAGAGACUGGGGAGAGUGUUACGUACAAGUAUCUAUUGCAAUGUAGUGUAAAUCUGGCAGAAGCUCUCAGAUCACUUGGACUGAAGAAAGGAGAUGUAGUGGCACUGAGCAGCGAGAACCGGUUCGAAUUUGUUGUUGCAUCACAUGCUGUGAUCUUUUGUGGUGCUACAUUAUCCACUCUCAAUGUCACUUAUACACCAGGAGAAUUGACACACAUAUUACAAAUUAUAAAACCAAAGUUUAUAUUUUCAUCGCCAAUUAUUGCUCAAAAUUUAUAUGAUUGUAGCAAAGAUUUAGCAUUUGUUAAAAAUAUUAUAUUAUUUGGGGAGUAUGAUGUUGUUCCAUCAAUUUUUUAUAAUGAACUUGUUAAGAAGCAUGUGGACAUAGAUGACUUUAUGUUAGCUGAUGUCAACGGAGCUGAAGAUGCUGUAGCUGUAAUGUGCUCUUCAGGCACCACCGGCCUGCCUAAAGCUGUCAUGCUUACGCAUGUUAAUUUUCUUACAUUAUCUGCACAUAUGAAGUAUUACUUAGCAGCAUCUCAAGGUAACAAAAAGCAGGCUGUUAAAACUGGUCUAUCAUUGAUACCAUGGUUCCAUGCUUAUGGCUUCAUCACAACAAUGGCAGUCAUGUGCAUGCAUAUUGAAGUUGUAUUCUUGAUCCGUUUUGAUGAACAACAGUUUUUAGAAACUAUACAAAAAUAUAAGGUUAAUAUGACAACUAUAGUCCCACCAUUAGCAGUAUUCUUAGCAAAGAAUCCACUAGUCACAAAAUAUGAUCUAAGUUCUCUUACUGAAAUCUGGUGUGGAGCAGCUCCACUGUCCAGUGACAUACAGAAAAUGGUCUGCCAAAGAAUUGGUAUAGACUUUAUAAAACAAGGUUAUGGCCUAACAGAGGUGACAAUGGCAUGUUGUGUGGACUUAACGAGCGGAGAAAAGAUUGGCUCCUGUGGAACUCCAGCUCCAGGAAUGAAGAUAAAGGUUAUUGAUAUUGAAACGGGCAAAUUAUUACCUGCAAGAGAGAAAGGAGAGUUGUGGAUAAAAUCACCUUUGCGUAUGCAAGGUUACAUGGGAGAUAAGGCAGCCAGCGAUGCUCUGAUUGACUCUGAGGGGUAUGUGAGGACUGGAGACAUUGGAUAUUACGAUGAAGACGGAUUUUUCUACGUCGUUGAUCGGCUAAAAGAGCUUAUUAAAUAUAAGGGAUUUCAAGUGGCACCGGCGGAGCUCGAGGCGCUGCUGCUGCAGCACCCGGGUGUGGCGGAGUGCGGUGUGGUGGGCACUCCUGAUGAGGCAGCCGGCGAGCUGCCCACAGCAUUCGUAGUGCGCUUGCCUGGCUCUGACGUCACCGAGACAGAAAUUGUACAAUAUGUAGCCGGCAAGGUAUCGCCAGCAAAGCAUUUACGUGGCGGAGUUAUAUUCGUCAAUGAUAUACCAAAGAAUGCAUCCGGAAAGAUAUUACGUCGCGAACUUAAGACACUGUUACCAAACAAUAUUGCUAGAAGCAAGCUGUAGAUAUAAAUAUUAAAAUAAUAGUGUUAAUUACUAGUCACAAGUGAUUGUGUUAUUUACAUUGUUAUUGUAUUUUUUUAUUUGCAAAUGUAAUUUACAAAUGUUACAUGUUUUUAUGAACCAUUAUAUGGUGAUGGUUUUAUUUUUUAUACCUCCCAUUGUUAUAUAUUGCAUAAGUAUAAAGUGAUUUAAAAUAAACGAAAAUACCUCUAACAAGUUGAAGUUAAUGUACAAGUAAAACAAAACAACUCACGAACCGCUUUACAAUGUGGUUUAUAUGCAGCAAUAAUAAAACUAACAAGACAUCGUGUGAAAAAUUUAGUGUUUCUCUCAAACUCACUAAUUGUUAAUUGCAGAUUAUUUAAGAUAUGAACAUUUUUACAUUCCGUGUUAAACAUUUCCAUAUUAUUUUUUGUUGAUGAUACAAAUAAUAAA